UUGUCAAACUCGAAUUACAUAAGGUAAAUUAUUCGUUUACUAAGCUUGAUUUCUCUUUGUAUUUGCUGAAAUUUAGCUUCGUUUCUUUUCAGUUUGGGUCUUAUAGUUGUUUAGGUUAUGUUUUAUACAUUUGUCUUAUCUUUGAAACUCUUAUCUCAUAUGUACAUCUUGUGGAGCUGUGGUGUUCUUGUGACAUGGACAAGUCUUGGGUUUGGCUUCCAAGGACUAGCCUUGAGUAUCAUGAAGGUGCAAGUUCUUUUGUUUCUGAAUCAGCAAAGCGUUUGGGUAAUCUUGAAGAAAUGUUAUGUCCCUGCAUGCAUUGCCGCAAUGUAUGCCAUCAGUCUAGAGAAACAGUCGUGGAUCAUCUAGUUAUUAGGGGAAUGGAUCAGAAAUAUAAGAGGAGGACAUGUUGGAGUUUGCAUGGGGAGUUAAUUAGUGACAACACAGCUGAUGAAGCAAGACCAGAAUUAGAAGCUCAUUACUUGUUUAGAGCAGCUUUUGGAAGUGAAGGAAAGCCAGAGAAUCAUGAUGAAUACCAGUCAGAGUAUGUUGAAAGUAAUGAAGAAUCAGAGUUUAGGAAGAAGUUGGAGGAUGCUGAAACUCCACUGUACUCGAGUUGUCCUACUUACACUAAAGUUUCUGCGAUUAUGGCCCUUUACCGCAUCAAAGUGAAAAGUGGUAUGUCAGAGAACUUCUUUGAUCAGCUUUUGACUAUUGUUCAUGACAUGCUGCCUGAAGACAAUGUACUUCCAACAUCAACGUAUGGGAUGAAGAAAUUCUUGAAGAUAUUUGGGUUUGGUUAUGAUGUUAUUCAUGCAUGUAAGAAUGACUGCAUUCUUUACAGGAAGGAGUAUGAAAAUAUGGUAAGCUGUCCAAGAUGUAAUGCAUCUAGAUGGGAAAGGGACAAGCACAGUGGUGAAGAAAAGAAGGGGAUUCCAGCUAAGGUACUUAGAUAUUUUCCUAUAAAGGACAGAUUCAAGCGUUUGUUUAGAUCCAAAAGAUUGGCAGAGAAUUUGCAAUGGCAUUUCAACAAUGCUAAUGAAGAUGGUACCAUGAGGCACCCUGUGGACUCUACAACAUGGGCUCAAGUGAAUUCUAAGUGGCCUCAGUUUGCUGCUGAGCCAAGAAACCUGAGGUUAGCGCUGUCAACUGAUGGGAUGAAUCCUUUCUCCAUUCAGAACACAAAGUACAGUACAUGGCCGGUGUUGCUAGUAAAUUACAACAUGCCUCCAACAAUGUGUAUGAAGACAGAGAAUAUAAUGCUGACAAUGUUGAUCCCAGGACCAACUGCUCCAGGUAACAGCAUUGAUGUCUAUCUAGAACCAUUAGUUGAUGAUUUAAAUGAUAUGUGGAAUGAUGGCAUUGAGGUGUAUGACUCAUUCAUGAAGGAGACAUUCACACUAAAAGCAAUGUUGCUGUGGACUAUUAGUGAUUAUCCAGCCUUAGGUACUUUAGCUGGUUGCAAAGUUAAAGGAAAACAAGCUUGUAAUGUCUGUGGGAAAGACACACCAUUUAAGUGGCUGAAGUUCAGUAGGAAAUUUGUUUAUAUGGGUAAUAGGAAACGGCUAAGACAUGAUCAUAUUUAUAGACGCAGAAAAGUUUGGUUUGAUAACACUAUAGAGGAAGGGACUGCAAAAAGGAUUGAAACAGGAGCUGAAAUAUUUGAGACAUUGAAAGAGUUUAAGAAUGAUUUUGGAAGGCCAUUACCAAAGAAGAGCAAAAGAACAAGAACAGAACCAGUUGAAGAUGAGGUUAUUGAAGAAGAAGAACCUACAGAAGAUUGUUACAUAUGGAGAUGGAAGAAAAGGUCUAUCCUUUUUAAGUUAAUAUAUUGGAAGGUUAGUCUUUUGUAUAGCUUUGGUGAUUUUGUGAAAUUUAUCUGAUAACUAACUAGUAACUAAUCAGUUUUUAAUGUCUCAGGAUAU